GACACCAGUGUUCCAUAAAUUACACAAAAAAACGAAAAUGCAAUAUUUUGUUUGUUGAAAUAACAAAUUAGAAGUUUUCAUUGAGUCUUUAAACACAUUGUUAUAAUAACACCAUUUAUUUCUUGAAUAUUCAGUUUUCACAUUUGCAAAUAUGAUGUCUUUAAGAGAUAAACAAAUAAAUGCUUUGAAACAAAUGUUAAAUCUGAAUCAACCAGAAUGUAAAGCUACAGCUGUGCCUACGUGGAAGAUUUUAAUAUAUGACAGAGUAGGACAGGAUAUAAUAUCACCAUUAAUAUCAGUAAAAGAAUUGAGAGAUUUAGGAAUUACAUUACACAUGCAACUACAUUCUGACAGAGAUGUAAUUCCCGAAGUCCCAGCAAUAUAUUUCUGUACUCCAACAGAAGAAAAUUUAGGUCGUAUCGGUCAAGAUUUUCAGAGUGGAUUGUACGAUAAUUAUCAUUUAAACUUCAUAUCUCCAAUAUCUCGGCAAAAGAUGGAAGAUUUAGCAGCAGCAGCUCUUAUUGCGGGUGCUGUUGCUAAGAUUGAAAAAGUCUAUGACCAAUACCUCAAUUUUAUAACGUUAGAAGAUGAUAUGUUCAUCUUAAGACACCAAAACAGUGAUAUAAUUUCUUAUCAUGCAAUUAAUCGAGGCGAUAUGAAAGACACUGAAAUAGAAUCAAUUAUGGACAUUAUUGUUGAUAGUUUAUUCUCUGUUUUCGUUACAUUGGGAACUGUUCCAAUAAUUCGAUGUCCUCGAGGAAAUGCUGCAGAAAUGGUAGCUAAAAAGUUGGAUAAAAAAUUAAGAGAGAAUGUUUGGGACACAAGGAACAGUCUUUUCCAAGGAGAAAUUGGUGGAGCUGGACAUUUUAGUUUUCAACGACCACUUUUAAUUGUUUUAGAUAGAAGUGUAGAUAUGGCUACUCCUCUUCAUCAUACUUGGACUUAUCAAGCACUAGCUCAUGAUGUGUUGGAAUUAGCUUUGAAUAGAUUAGUUGUCGAAGAGAAUGUCGGAAGAUCUCCUACCGGUGGUGCUAGAUCGAAAACAAGACCUUGUGAAUUAAAUAAUACUGAUCGUUUCUGGUAUCAACAUAAAGGAAGUCCUUUUCCGCGUGUUGCCGAAGCUAUUCAAGAAGAGCUUGAACAAUACCGGGUGUGUGAAGAAGAAGUAAAAAAAUUAAAAAAUUCUAUGGGAAUCGAUGGAGAGGUUGAAAUUGGUGGAGAAAUGGUAGCUAAUAAUAAUGCUCGUAUAUCCGAUGCAAUAAAUUCAUUGCCUCAACUUUUGGAUAUGAAACGCUUAAUAGACAUGCAUACAACUAUUGCUACAGGAAUUUUGAACUCAAUUAAAUCACGAAGAUUAGAUACAUUUUUCGAAAUUGAAGAAAAAAUCAUGAGUAAACAGACUUUGGAUAAAAGUAUCUUAGAUAUUAUAAAUGAUCCUGAUUGUGGGACUCCCGAGGAUAAAAUUCGCUUAUUCAUUAUUUAUUACUUAUGUAAUAAUAUUUCUGAAAUGGAUUAUAAUAGACAUGAGACAGCAUUGGCUAAUGCUGGUUGUGACUUGAAUCCACUUAUAUAUAUUAAACGAUGGAAAAAUUACACCAAACUAUCUGGUAUUCAGAGUAGUUACGAAGGGGGUGGUACAAAAACUGUUAGCAUGUUUUCGAAAUUGAUGAAUCAAGGAUCUUCAUUUGUAAUGGAAGGUGUUAAAAAUUUAGUUGUUAAAAAACAUAAUUUACCUGUUACUAAAAUCGUGGAUGAGUUAAUGGAAAUGAAGAUGAAUUCAAGCACAGAAGAAUAUUAUUAUCUUGAUCCUAAACAAUUGAAACAAGUAGAACAAGCUCCAAAAAAUCGCACAAUAUUUCAAGACGUAAUAGUUUUCAUAGUUGGCGGUGGAAAUUAUAUUGAAUAUCAAAAUUUAUAUGACUAUGCUAAGCAAAAGACUGGAAAUGGUGCCAACAAAAGAGUUGUUUAUGGUUCAACGACAUUAGUAAAUGCAAGACAAUUCCUUAAACAAUUAUCUCUUUUAGGUCAAGAAUCACAUUAGUGAAAUAAAUAUAUUUUAUACAAAAAAAAAAUCAUAAAAAUAAUCUUUAAUUCUUGUAAUAAAAAUCAGAACUGGACGUGGUUCAAAAAAUGCUACGGUAAUCAUUAAUAAGUGAUUAUUAUAUUUACCACAAAAAUUGUAAAGUAAUACAUGGUUUUUAGAUAAAUUGAAUAUUUUUAUUUCAAUAUUUUAUAAAUGAAUUAUAUCAAACACUAGUAUUACUUCACAAUAUAAUGUAAGUUACAGUGAUUAAAGUACGCAUUAAAUAACAAUUAAUUUAUACAGAGCUGUAAAAUAGCAGCAAUUCUUCGGUACGAUUUAAUUCUCAGCUGAAGUUUUCUGAGGAUUAUAACGACUAUUUGUGCUGUAAAUAAAAAGAAAAAAGAUGAUAUUAUUGAUAAUCGUUAUCUUUUUACUGUAUUAUAAUUGUAAUAAAAAAAUUAAAUUAAU